AUGUCAUCGCUUGUUCUGCCAUCCCUCCUCGGGUCUUCCUAUGUUAACUCGAAGUACUCUAGCAGUUCAGGCUGCGGGACUUCCGGUCCCGCAUCGUGCCAGAGUACGGGUACGUCUACUAACACCUGCUGUUAUGAGACUCCUGGAGGCCUGAUCCUCCAGACGCAGUUUUGGGACACAGAUGUCGCUGGCAGUCCAGCGGAUAGCUGGACCAUUCAUGGUCUUUGGUCUGAUAACUGCGAUGGCAGUUACGUUGAGAACUGUGAUCCCUCUCGUGAUUACACGAAUAUCACUGGGUUACUCGAAUCCCAGGGUGCAAGUUCUACGUUGGACUACAUGCAACAGUAUUGGUUAAACUAUAACGGAAAUGAUGAAGAACUCUGGGAGCACGAGUGGGCUACGCACGGCACAUGCUACAGCACACUAGAUGUCGAUUGCCUUUCCAGCAACAGCCCUGUGGGUGCCGAGGCCGUGGCAUUCUUCGAGACUGUUGUGAACCUCUUCCAGACCCUGCCCACGUAUGACUGGCUUGCUGAUGCGGGCAUCACUCCGUCAUCGAGCGAGACUUACACGCUUUCGUCCUUGCUAUCGGCUCUCGAAGCUGCCUCCGGAGGGUACACACCGGCUUUGGGCUGUUCCGGGAGCACACUGAACUCGAUCAGCUGGUACUUCAAUCUCAAGGGCUCUGUUAUAGAUGGCGAUUUCAUCGCGAUUGACACCCCUAAGAAUUCCUCCUGCCCCUCAAGCGGUAUCAAGUACCCUCCCAAAGAAGGAUGA